CAUCGGACAUGCAAGCAGAAAACUAAGACGCAGAGCGCGCUGCUAAAUCUCUCCAAAUACAGUGAAAUGGCAGAAGCCAAUAUUUCAGUGGAUCUGGACCAGUUCAGCUGUUCAGUGUGUCUGGAUCUACUGAAGGAUCCAGUGACGAUUCCCUGUGGACACAGUUACUGUAUGAUCUGCAUUACAAACUACUGGAAUCAGGACGAUCAGAAGGGAAUCUACAGAUGCCCUUUAUGCAAACAAAUUUUCACAACAAGACCAGUUUUAGGAAAAAAUGUGGUGUUUGCUGAAAUGGUGGAGGAACUGAAGAAGACUAGACUCCAAGCUGCUGGUCCUGCAGUUCAUCACGCUGGAUCUGAAGAUGUUCAGUGCGACUCCUGCACUGAAAUUAAACAGAGAGCAGGGAAAUCAUGUCUGGAGUGUCGAAGCUCUUACUGUCAAAAUCAUCUUGAACAGCAUGAGAAUCUCUUCAGAGGUAAAAAACAUAAUCUGAUUGAUGCCAAUAGAUGCCUCCAGGAGAUGAUCUGCCCUCGACAUAACAAAAUGCUGAAAAUGUACUGCCGUACUGACCAGCGCUGUAUCUGUAUGCUGUGUUUGGUGGAUGAACACAAAAAUCAUGACACUGUAUCAAAUUCAGCAGAACGGGGGCCCAAACCCCCGGCCCCCACAACCAUAUUUGAGGUGGGGGGGCCCAAACCCCCAGCUCCCGUAAGCAUAUUUGAGAUAGUGGGACCCAAACCCCCAGCCUCUGCAAGCAUAUUUGAGAUGGUGGGGCCCAAUCCCUCAGCCCCCACAAGUAUAUUUGAGGUGAGGGGGCCCAAACCCACGACCCCUGCAAGCAUAUUUGGGGUGGGUGGAACCAAACCACCAGCCCCCGCAAGCAUAUUUGAGGUGAGGGGGACCAAACCACCGGCCCCCGCAAGCAUAUUUGAGAUGAGGGGACCCAAACCCCCGGCCACCGCAAGCAUAUUUGAGGUGAGGGGACCCAAACCCCCGGCCCCCGGAAGCAUAUUUGAGGUGAAGGGACCCAAACCCCUGGCCCCCGCAAGCAUAUUUGAGAUGGAGGGGCCCAAACCUUCAGCCUCUGCAAGUAUAUUUGACGUGGGGGGACCCAAACCACCGGCCCCUGUAAGCAUAUUUGAGGUGGGGGGACCCAAAACCCCAGCCCCCGCCCCUGUAAGCAUAUAUGGGGUGGGGGGGACAAAACCACCGGCCCCCACCCCUGCAAGCAUAUUUGAAAUGGUGGGGCCCAAACCCCCACCCCCUGCAAGCAUAUUUAAGGUGGGGGGGGCCAAGCCCCCAGCCCCCGCAAGCAUAUUUGAGGUGAGGGGGCCCAAACCCCCAGCCCCCACAAGCAUAUUUGAGGUGAGGGGGCCCAAACCCCCAGCCCCCACAAGCAUAUUUGAGGUGGGGGGACCCAAACCCCGAACACCUGUAAGCAUAUUUGAGUUGAGGGGCCCUAAAAGCCCGGCCCCACGAAGCAUAUUUGAGGUGGUGGGGCCCAAAACAUCAGCCCCCAUAAGCAUAUUUGAGGUGGGGGGACCCAAACCACCAGUCCCCGCCCCCGUAAGCAUAUUUGAGGUGAGGGGCCCCAAAAGCCCGGCCCCCCCAAGCAUAUUUGAGGUGGUGGGGCCCAAAACGCCUGCCCCUGCAAGCAUAUUUGAGGUGGGGGGACCCAAACCCCCGCCCCCCGUAAGCAUAUUUGAGGUGAGGGGCCCCAAAACACCUGCCCCUGCAAGCAUAUUUGAGGUGGGUGGACCUAAACCCCGGCCCCCGUAAGCAUAUUUGAGGUAGUGGGACUCAAACCCCUGGCCCCCACAAGCAUAUUUGAGGUGGGGGGCCCAAACCACCGCCGCCGUAAGCAUAUUUGAGGUGGGAGGGCCCAAACCUCCGGUCCCUGUAAGCAUAUUUGAGGUGGGGGGACCGAAACUCCCGCCCCGUAAGCAUAAUUGAGGUGGGGGGACCCAAAACCCCAGCCCCCACAAGUAUAUUUGAGGUGGGGGGGACCCAAAUCCCCGGCACCCACAAGCAUAUUUGAGGUGAGGGGCCCAAACCACCAGUCCCCGCCCCCGUAAGCAUAUUUGAAGUGGGGGGACCCAAACCCCGACCCCAUAAGCAAAUUUGAGGUAGUGGGACCCAAACCACCGCCGCCAUAAGCAUAUUUGAGGUGGGAGGGCCCAAACCUCCAGACCCCGUAAGCAUAUUUGAGCUGGGGGGACCGAAACUCCCGGCCUGUAAGCAUAAUUGGGGUGGGCCCAAAAGCAGUUGUGACUGAAGAAGUGCGCAGCUUAGAGGGAACAUUGCCCGUAAGCAUAUUUGAGGUGGGGGGACCGAAACUCCCGGCCUGUAAGCAUAAUUGGGGUGGGCCCAAAACCCCAGCCCCCGCAAGCAUAUUUAAGGUGAGGGGCCCCAAAAACCUGGCCCCCGCAAGCAUAUUUGCGGUGAGGGGGCCCAAACUACCAGCCCCACCCCUGUAAGCAUAUUUGAUGCGGGUGGACUCAAACCACCGCCCCCCGUAAGCAAAGUUCCCUAUAAUUUUUUUUCUUGCUGAGCAAAGCUUUUCUCUGUUGGGUGGACAUUUUGGCCACCUUAGCAAACACAUUCUUUAUAUCAGACCUGUACAGCGCGCACAAAAAAAAGUGUGUAACUUUUAAUGUGCUAUUUACACUUGA